CUCCAUAUGUGACCAUCCUGAGAUGUGUAACCAGGGGGUUUGUGGAUGUCGGCUGGGGUACAGGAUGUCAGAUGAUGGCUACAGUUGCCUCCCUGUGAAGUGUUUGUUUCCUUCCAUUAAAUAUUGCCCUCCUUCCCGAACAGAGUUUUUCAGCUGUAGACAUCCUAGCAGCAUCACAUGUAAAGGGUAUGACUACUUAGACACCUGCACUGUCUCCUGCAUCACAGACUGGUUCCUGAAAGGUUCCACUAACAUCAUAACCUGUCUUGCUAAUGGAACCUGGAGCCACCCACAACUCUUUUGUGCCCCUCCCAACAAUCCUCCACAUUCUAUGAAGGUGGACAAUACAAAUAUUAAGGAAAAUGUGAAAGAUCUUUGUGUGUACCUCAGCACGGUCGAUGAUUCCUAUGAUGCCCAGUUUUACUCCAUCCUUGCUGAUCCCAAAAAUAUCUUCCAAGUUUCUGGCUCUAAGCUUUGUCUCAAUAGAAAGGCAGACUAUGAGGAAAAGCCAACCAAAUGGAAUGUGACAGUGAGAUGUACAGACAUAGAGGGGGCAUAUGUGGACAACACAUUCCAAUUCCAAAUUCUUAAUGAAAAUGAUCCACCAAAGUCUGCAAUGCUGAUGCCAAAUAUGAUACCAGAGAACAGUAUGGCUGACACACACGUUGGAUGUUUUAGUGCACAGGAUGAUGAUCCAAGUCAAAAUGUUACUCUGCUGCUUGUAGACUCGGAGCACAGAAUGUUCACCUCUUACUCUAAUGGAUCACAGCUAUGUCUCAAGGUAUUAAAGCAGUCAGAUCCCUUAUGUCUAUCAGAAGGGGGUAAAUACUGUGUGUUGAACAGAGAAGAACAGAAAGUUCACUUUGUCACACUGAUGGUACAGGAUGACUACAGUCCCCCAGGCAUUUCUUAUUUUAACCUCCCUGUGACCUUGAAGGAUGUCAAUGACAAACCUGUGUUGGUGACCCUUGACCCAAAUGUCAUACCCGAAGAAGUUGAGCCUGGAGAGCCAUUAACAGCUCUGAGAACCAUUGAUGAGGAUGAACACCAGGUUUUCCAGUAUGAACUAAUGGAAGAUGACACAGGACUGUUUUCUAUUAUCAAUGGGAGUCUGGUCUCAUCAGUGAAAUUCAAUUUUGAAGAAAGUGACAGUAAAGAAUUUCAUAUCAAAGUUAUAUCUAGGGAUAAUGGCUCCCCAAGUUAUAGUGUAAGUGCAGAAAUGUUAUAUUCAUCAAUAACUGCUUGAUUAAGUUACUGAAAAUAGCUUACACUGUUAACAGAGAUUAACAGACAUAUUAGUUUUAUGUUCAUAUAUCAGUGUUUCAGAACAUUGAUUAAAUCAA